AUGGCUACAUCCUUAGUAGCUGACCGACUAAUGGCGCCAAUGGAUAAAGUAUUAGGCAAACACCAGACAGGAUUUUUGAAAGGAAGACAAAUGUUCGAUAAUGUAAAAAUGGUACAAGCGGCCAUUGACAAAGCAAAAGCAACAAAACAAAAGCUAUAUAUCGCAUUCUUAGAUCAGGAAAAGGCAUAUGAUUCUGUUGACCACACAUAUUUAUGGAAGGCACUUAGCCAAAUAGACGUUCCAAAUUCCACAAUAGAAGUAAUUAAAAGCUUUUAUGAAGAUGCUACCACUACAGUCAUGAUCAAUCGAAUGGAAUCACGUGACAUUAAACUUGAACGAGGUGUUAGACAAGGGGACCCACUAUCGUGCCUCCUAUUCAACAUAGUUAUUGAAGGAUUAGCCAACCUACUGAUGACAAGCCCUAAAAUCCAUGGCAUCCAAGACAGUAAAGGAGGAGAGUACAGGUCGCUCAGCCAAUGGCGAGAAAUUUCCAAAAUAUACCGCACAUAUAGUAGAGGUACAACGGCAACACUAAAUGCUAUCAAAACCAAGAUACUGGCAAUCAACGAUGCUGACGCUCCCACAAGUGUGGGUGACGUAGAAGUAGUUCAAGACUCGCCGAUAGAAUAUCUAGGAGUACCGGUAGGGGGCGAGUUUGACCACAGCAUCUGGCUGAAAAAGCGGAUUGCCAUACAGUCAAGCAUUGCAAGGUGGGAAAAUAACUAUCUGUCAAUCAGACAAAGAGUGACGGUGACGCAGAUAAGCCUAGCAUCACAGCUGUGGCACCUGUUUCGAUGUCUCCCAGUCAGAAUAACAGAUAUUGCCCACCUACAGAAAGUGCUAUGGGCAUAUGUUUGGGGAACCGCAACAGGCCAACGAGCUGCAGGACCAAUUGCUAAUAGCCAGGCACAAAGACCAAUUGAAGAUGGAGGCUUAAAUAUGAUUGACUUGCAUACCAUGCAUAGGGCUCUAAACAUGUACUGGAUACAAAAACUAGAAACUGGAAAAGACCUGGAACCCCACCAGCGCCCAAUGUGGUAUCAACUAGUCAUUGAUCUGCUAACCACAAAUCUCCACAAUGGCGACCAAACACACAUAAAAGGAAACAUGAUAACGGAACCAUGGGCCCAAUAUUGGAAUUCAAGAUUGCCCAAAGCGCCCCAUUCAACUAGUUCAUUCUGGCCAGAGUGGAUCAAGCAGUGGCAAUACCGAAGCAUAGAUCCCACAACAAGGGAACAGCUAGAGGGAAUGACCUUCUGGUUCCACCCUCAAAUUAGCCAAGGAAAAGCUUCGCCAAGAUGGGGCGCAGAAUGCUGGCUCAAUAUGUUCGAAGGAAAACACCUAGCGAAACCUGUUAACAUCUAUUCUGGACCUGCCCAAUCGCGAAGGCUGUAUGGAAUCGCCUACUUAAAAUAUGGCUGGACAUCUCAAACCAACCUAUGUUACUACCACAACGGUGGGCAAUCAAAUUUGAAACUUAAUGAAAGAGAAGAGCAGUUGAGAUUCCGAAUCCUUUUCGCUGAAGCCCUGUGGACGCUUUGGAGCUAUCGUUGUUCCUGGAGCUUCAAUGAAGAAACAGAGUUUACGGAAGCGGCAGCGGUGGCUCGCUACCAAACCCGCGUGGUAACAAGAUACCACAUGGAUAGGCAACAGGCGUUAGACAAUCCAACUAUGAAAGCAGUGUUUUGUAAAAGAUGGGCUACAACCAUCGGAACCAAGCCAUCGUGGAUUGCAUUCUAA